AUGGCAUCAGAGUUCCUCGUCGAAGCACUGCGCGCCUUUCUUCGGCGACGCUUGAGGCAGCGUGUCUGCCGCAGUGGCAGCUGGACCGGGGGCAGGCUCAGCCUUGUGGUGGCUGACUGCGCCUUUGUAGCUGAGCCCUAUGCCUUCCUCGUACACGCGCUUGUCGGCUACCUCGACGAGCCCGGGACGCCCCGGGCGGCGCCUGCGGGCAAAGGCGGCAACUGGAUCACGCAGGCUUUCGGCACGCUUACUCAGAGGGUGAAGCCAGCCAGGUCCUUGCAAAACCACGGUGCAGCCGAGUUACCCGGCAACUGGGUAACAGCGGCGUUCGACGCGUUGAGUGGGCGGACGGCUCUCGACAGCACCGAGGAUCUUUUGCAGCCGGGCGGUGAUGUCGGUCUUGGAGGAGGCUGGAUUUCGGAUGCCCUGGUGGCGGCCAGCCGCGAAGAAUCCUGA